AUGGUGAACAAUAAUGCUGGUGGUUUCGGUGCUGCUACUGGUGGGGGGCCCGGUCAGAUGGGCCAUAAUAUGAAAGACAGACUAUUCCCUCUGUUCUUUGGGGCGAAUGAUGACAGGGAGGAAGAUGGAGAGGCUGAUCAGUUCUCCAUCCACAACGAGUCGUUUGGGCAAUACGGUGUCCAGCCACCAAAUAAAGAGAUUCAAUUGUUGGCGGAAAAGAUCAGGGCUUUAGAAAGCUAUGCAACUCCCGGGGUCGGGGCCUUUGCUGAAAGGAUGGUCGGUUGUCCUGUCACCAACUUCUCAGACAUUGUCGUGGCUGGAGAGAGGAUUGAGAGUUGGAUGAAGCUCGGAAAGAUACAGGGUGGUAAUGCUUCGUCUUCAGGAUUGAAGAAGCCUUUCGGGAACGGCCAAAGGAAGAAAGAGGGUGAUACCAGUGCAGUUCUUGCUACGAUUUUGUGGUUAGCAGACAAAUUUGGUCGCCGGCUUUUACUUAUUGUUUCUUCAUCUGCAAUGGCUUUGAGUCUUUUGGUUGUUUCAAUAUCAUUCUACUUGAAGGAAUAUAUAUCACCAGAUUCUGAUUUAUAUGCGACAUUGAGCCUCGUAUCGGUGGCUGGAGUUGUGGUCAUGGUUAUUGCAUUCUCUCUGGGAUUAGGAGCAAUGCCAUGGAUUAUAAUGUCUGAGAUUCUUCCGAUUAACAUCAAAGGCCUACCUGGAAGUUUUGCAACACUUGCCAAUUGGUUCUUUUCCCGGUUGGUUACAUUAACAGCAAAUUUGCUCUUGGAUUGGAGUUCGGGAGGAACCUUCACAAUAUAUACUGCAGUGUGUGUUUUCACAGCAGGAUUUGUUGCCAUUUGGGUCCCCGAGACAAAGGGAAAAACUCUUGAAGAAAUACAACAGUUUUUCAGAUGA